CGGCUGGCGGUGGGGGCCGAGCGCGCCGGGCGGAGCGGCGGCGGCGGCGGCGGCCCGGCGCGAAGAUGGCGGACGUGCUGAGCGUGCUGCGGCAGUACAACACACAGAAGAAGGAGAUCGUGGUGAAGGGGGACGAGGUGAUCUUCGGCGAGUUCUCCUGGCCCAAGAACGUCAAGACCAACUAUGUUAUCUGGGGGACAGGGAAAGAAGGCCAGCCCAGGGAAUACUACACUUUGGACUCUAUCUUGUUCCUGCUGAAUAAUGUGCACCUUUCACAUCCUGUUUACGUCCGGCGUGCUGCAACUGAAAACAUUCCUGUGGUAAGAAGACCUGACAGAAAAGAUCUACUUGCGUACCUAAAUGGGGAAACAUCAACGUCAUCAAGUAUAGACAGAAGUGCACCACUUGAAAUUGGUCUUCAGCGAUCCACUCAAGUUAAAAGAGCAGCAGAUGAAAUAUUAGCAGAAGCAAAGAAACCAAGAAUAGAGGAUGAAGAGUGUGUGCGUCUUGACAAGGAGCGGCUGGCAGCUCGGUUGGAGGGGCAUAAAGAAGGUAUUGUGCAGACAGAGCAGAUCAGAUCCUUGUCUGAAGCCAUGUCUGUGGAAAAAAUUGCUGCUAUCAAAGCAAAAAUCAUGGCAAAGAAAAGAUCUACAAUCAAGACAGAUCUGGAUGAUGACAUAACUGCUCUUAAACAAAGAAGUUUUGUUGAUGCUGAGGUAGAUGUAACCAGAGACAUUGUCAGCAGGGAGAGAGUAUGGAGGACAAGAACUACAAUUUUACAAAGCACAGGCAAGAACUUUGCCAAGAAUAUUUUUGCAAUUCUUCAGUCAGUAAAAGCCAGAGAAGAAGGUCGUGCACCUGAACAGAGACCUGCACCGAACACAGCACCAGCGGAUCCCACUUUGCGGACUAAGCAGUCUAUUCCAGCUGCCUACAACAGAUACGAUCAGGAAAGAUUUAAAGGAAAGGAAGAGACGGAAGGCUUCAAAAUUGACACUAUGGGAACCUACCAUGGAAUGACUUUGAAGUCUGUAACGGAAGGUGCUUCUGCCCGGAAAACUCAAACCCCAGCAGCACAGCCUGUGCCAAGACCAGUUUCCCAAGCAAGACCACCUCCAAACCAGAAAAAAGGAUCUCGAACUCCCAUAAUCAUUAUUCCAGCAGCUACAACUUCUUUAAUAACUAUGCUUAAUGCAAAAGACCUUCUGCAGGAUUUAAAGUUUGUACCAUCCGAUGAAAAGAAAAAACAAGGCUGUCAACGAGAAAAUGAAACUUUAAUACAGAGAAGGAAGGACCAGAUGCAGCCUGGGGGCACAACAGUCAGCGUUACUGUACCUUAUCGAGUGGUAGACCAGCCUCUGAAACUUAUGCCGCAAGAUUGGGAUCGUGUAGUCGCUGUGUUUGUGCAGGGUCCUGCUUGGCAGUUUAAAGGCUGGCCAUGGCUAUUGCCCGAUGGAUCGCCUGUUGAUAUUUUUGCAAAAAUUAAAGCUUUCCAUCUCAAGUAUGAUGAAGUACGUCUAGAUCCAAAUGUACAGAAAUGGGAUGUGACAGUAUUAGAAUUAAGCUAUCACAAACGGCACUUGGACAGACCAGUAUUCCUACGUUUCUGGGAAACUUUGGACAGGUACAUGGUAAAGCACAAAUCCCAUUUGAGAUUCUGAAUCCUCUGGCUGCCAUUCAUUUCGUGGAGUGUGAUUGAGAAAUAUGAAAGAUGCUCCAGUCUGGAGACUAAGGCUCUCACUGUAUGCAUUUGUCAGGAACUUUACAAAUGAAGAAAGGGUCACAGUUUAAUCUUUUAUAAGAUCUUGUUUGGAUGCUUCGUGCUAUGGCAGGUUGAUACCUGCUGUUAUUACAAGCAAAAGUGUUUUGCUUAAAACUAUUUUUUUAAUAAUGUUAGCCUUCUAGCCUGCAAAUCAAAUUGUAUAUUUUGAUAGCAGCAGUUUCUUCCCCAUUUUGUUAAGUUAGCAAAAUUUUUAAACAGUAUGUUUUUGUUCCUCAUUAGAAAAUAGGUCGAUCUUCACUGAAGGUUAGAGUGUUUUGUGUGUGUGUGUAUAUAUAUAUAUAUA